AUGCUCUUUCAAAAAUCUUUCGCUCUUUUUCUUGUCGUUUCUGCUACCGGCGCGUUUAGGCUCAGGCCUCAAAGAAAUCAUCACAGAGGAAUCAGCAAACGCGAUCAGCCACAAGAAGUAGGCCUCAAUCUUUUUGCUGAUAACGACGAGCAGGAGCUAAACUACAUUAUUGACAUGCUGAUUGACCAGAUUAUGCAAAAACACGGAAUCACGCCGCAAAAUGUUGGCCCGACCGACGACGAAAUCAUCUUUAGCGACCGAGACUUUGAAUUUAUCUUCGACGAAGCAAUCGACAUUCUCGGCGAAAUGAUUGACGAAGCGGAGAAAGAAUCGAAGGAAAGAAAGCUUUAA